AUGUCAUUCUUUGGCUUCGAUGCGACGCUGCCCCGUGACCGGGCGCCGCAGCAAACCUCUCGCGGCAUGUUCGACAGCCAUGACCCCUUCGCCGGUUUGAGCGGUGCAGGUGGUGGCGACGAUGACGAGGUUCUGGACUUUGAGCAGACCUACGAUGGUCUGGGACAGCACUUGCAAGAGUCGGGAGAUACUUUCAACGACGAUACCUUUGGCGGCGAUGAGCCAGUCACAAGGGAUGCCGUGGGAAGAGACUUUGACUUUGCUGGCAAGACGGCGAGAGUCCGCGAUACGCUGCUGGAGGAGCAGGCGCUGCACCAUGCCCGCGAGCCGAUGAUGCAGGCGCGCGCUCAAAAGACAGCACGAACCGGCUAUGAGGCCUACAAGCAGCCCGAAUACAUCCCCAAGCUGGAAGCAGAUGCAUCCAUUUGGGGACAGUCCAUCGGCAGGAAGUCGGCAGAGCCACCACAGCAGCAGCAGCAGCAGCAGCCAAUGCCGGGAUCGGCCCCCAAGAUGAUGAGCCUAGAGGACGUCGAGGCGAUGAUGCGCUCGCAGUCGAGGGCGACGCCACCAGCGCCGCCUUUCCAAGACGUUCAGUCGCAGACGCUUGGCUUGAAGAACAUGCUCGGGCUUGGUGGUGCUCCCUCUCCUCAGCCCCCCCAGCAGCAGCAAGGGCCGCAGAUCCUGCAACGCCCAGGUCCUCCUCCUCAGCAGCAGCCGCAGCAACAGCAUAUGCCAGGCCCUUCAUACCAGCAGCACGAGCAGAACUUACGGGCGCCUCAGCAUCCCCAGCGACAGACAUCGCCUGGUAAUGGCCGUCCCCAGUAUCAAGCUAUGCAACCCCAGCUCCCGCAGCAAAUGCAGUUCCAACAGCCACCCCCCGUCGGCAUGCCAAUGGGCCCGCCUCACAUUCUGCAGCAUCCGCGUGGACCGGUACAACGCAAUGGGCAACAAAACGGUCACCAGCGUGGUCCAUCCUACCAUGGUCCCCCAAUCACGCAAGCUCAGCAGAUGACGGACAUGGGUCCGGAGGAGCGCGAAGCAUAUCUCCUCGAGGAUGCGAAGCGUGCAAAGCGUAACCACAAGAUAUCUCUGCUCAGCAAAAACAAUGGCCUCAUGACCCCUCAGGACAAGAAUUUCAUAACACGAAUCCAGCUGCAGCAGUUAUUGACCGCUACUGGUGGUGUUGACAACGAGCCCGGAAGUGAGGAGCAACUUGCCGAGGACUUUUACUACCAGGUCUAUGCUCAGAUCCGCGGACCGCCUCGCAGUGGCCCUGGUCAGCCAUUGAACCAAUUCGCCCAAACCUAUCUUUUCCAGACUGGUAGCCGCUAUGGUUAUGGCCGCAGUCGCCAUCACCCAAGAGGUGGAGACAACCACGUGCAGCGGAUGGAGCAGCAAGUGGCACGCGCUGUAGAGGCUGCCAAAGCUCGCCCCAAAAACAAGUCCCUCGUCAUGGAAGGCUCUCUUGGCAAGAUUGCCUUUAGCAACUCCAAGACACCACGUCCGCUUCUUAAUAUCAAGCGGACCGACUCCGAAGCCAGAACGAGACAAGCACCAAAGCCUGCCGACCGCAAGACGGCGCUCCGACACAUUGAGCAUCUCUACACCACGUUGAUGAAGCUGGAGGACCACGAAAGACGUAUACCUGACCCGCCAACCGAGGAGAGCUCUCCAGAUGUCAUAGAAGGGCACAUGAAGUGGCGGAGUGCGAUGCAGGAGCUCAAUCAGCAAUUGUGGGAGGCACUGAAAGUGAUGGAGCCAAUCCACCCAAGCCCAACUGCGCCGCAUCCCUUCAUUCAGAUACUCUCUCACAGCAAGGGGAAGAAAGUCAUUCCUCGCGUCUUCCGCCACCUGGACGAAAAUCAGCGUCUUACCAUGCUCACUCUCAUCGCCAUCCACCUCGAUGUUCUCGACGUCAUCCGUGACGCAUACCCACCCGCAGACAAUACUUCUCUUCCCGCACGCGUAAAGGAGGAAGUCGAGCUCUUCAGCGCUGCCAUGAUGCCGCCGCUCUUCCUCUACGUGAAUGAAGCACCAUUGAACAUCAUCAUCGGUCUCCUCGGCCUCGUUCUCGACCGCGUUCACGUCCAAGCGAUAGUACGCACCAAGAUUGGCGUCAGCAUCCUCACAAUGCUCAUCUCUCGCGCCGAGCUUGUCAGGCAGCAACCGGCCGCGAACGAGGACUGGCAGCAAUGGGCAGAACUUUACGGCAGAUUAUUCGAUACCGUUGAGCCUGUUCUGCCUUUCUUGUUCCCUACCGAUACGAACGUUAGUGCGAGUGAAGACGUGCAUGUCUGGCAGUUCUUGGCGGCUAUGGGUGUGGGUGCCAGCCCUGAUCAACAGCAGAGAUUGGUCUUGGGAGUGAAGGAUCGCGUCAUGGAGACUGUGGCUGUUAGCAAGACGCUCCCGGAGGCGAUGAGCGCGAAGAGGUUGGGAGACGUCAACUUGUUCAUGCGGGCUAUCGGAUUGGACGUAGAGCUGCUUGGAUGA